GCGGACUCUGGCGGCCCGGUCACGUGUUUAUCCGGAAGUCGCUGGGUUCAGGCCGGAGUUCUGAGCUUCGCCAUUGGCUGCGGCCGAGCCAGCGGGCCUGGAUUGGCCACUGCCUUGACGGAACACGCUGAUUGGCUACAAAAGCAUUUGGGACCGGAAGCGACUUUCGUGACGAGCGAAACAGCGCCACCCCCGGGAUUGGAGGACGGGAAGUGCUACGGUGAGAGAGCGGCCAAUAGGGAUCCACACCAGGAGGCCGAAUCGUGGCUGGCCGUGACCCCAAAUGGCCAUCGGGGCCGCGGCGCCCGCCUGGCCCUACACGGAGCCUUCGUAUCUAUGGGGCAGGGCCGGGACCUGGCCCUAUUGAGCCUGGAAACCCCAUUACCUAUAGGGCCGGAGCUGCGACCCCUAUGUCUGCCCUAUAGGGACCAUAAGAGGCCGCCGGGGACGCGGUGUUGGGCUCUUAUGGGGUCCAACGGUGAGUGACCCUAAAAGGGGGAGGUUGGACCCAUA